AUGAAUCGUGAGGAAAGCGAGCGAUACAUGAAUAUCGUAGUCGAAAGCAGGCAUUGGGAGGGUAAAAGAGGUGCGAAGGUAUCCUUCUUGUAUCCGGCUUUGUACACAAUAUACUGUCGCCUGGAUGUCCGUUAUUUUCCAUACGACCACCAGUACACGUACGCCUGCUGUCCCGAGCCAUGGGUCAUCAUCGAAGGAUCUCUUAUCAUUAAAAGGAAGCCAUUGUACUAUGUCGUCAAUCUCAUCAUACCAACAACAAUUAUUACAUUAGUGGCGAUUGUUGGGUUCUUUACACCAGCUUCAACUGGAGAUGAGAGGAGAGAAAAAAUCACGAUGGGCAUAACUACUCUACUUGCAAUGUUUAUUUUGAUGCUCAUGGUUGCUGAUCAGAUGCCAGCAACUUCCGAUUUCGUCUCUUUCAUUGCAGCUUCAUUGCAGUACACGUACGCCUGCUGUCCCGAGCCAUGGGUCAUCAUCGAAGGAUCUCUUAUCAUUAAAAGGAAGCCAUUGUACUAUGUCGUCAAUCUCAUCAUACCAACAACAAUUAUCACAUUAGUGGCGAUUGUUGGUUUCUUUACACCAGCUUCAACUGGAGACGAGAGGAGAGAAAAAAUCACGAUGGGCAUAACUACUCUACUUGCAAUGUUUAUUUUGAUGCUCAUGGUUGCUGAUCAGAUGCCAGCAACUUCCGAUUUCGUCUCUUUCAUUGGUGAUAAAUUACUUAUCAUCUAA